AUGGCGAGACGCGGCUUUGCAGUGAGUGUGCGCACCGCGGCCAUCCUCGCGCUCCUGGUGGUUGCCGCAUGGGCCGGCACCACUGGUGCGACCUCUGUGGUCGACCCGCAGGUGGAAGCGCACGUGGACUCGUUCGACUUUGGGCUGGUGCCGCCCCAGCCCCACUCGGGCAACGACCUCUUCCAGCUGCUCCCCACCCACACCGUCAAUGGUAGUGGGGUGGCGCUGGCGUCGGGUCUCUACUGGUACCUCAAGUACUACUGCAAUGCCUCCGUCACCUGGGGCGAGAACGGCACCGGCGACAACCUGGUGCUGCCCGACCCGCUGCCGCAGGUGGCGACGGCGGUGGUGAUGAACGCGCCGGUGCGGUGGCGGUACUACCUCAACGUGUGCACCGUCUCCUACUCCUCCGCGUGGUGGAACUGGACUCGCUGGGAGCGCGAAAUUGAUUGGAUGGCGCUGCACGGCAUCAAUCUGCCCUUGGCAUUCACCGGCCAGGAGCUGGUGUGGACCGAGGUCUGGAAGGCGUUCGGGCUCACCGACGCCGAGAUCGAGGAGUUCUACACCGGACCGGCAUUCCUCGCCUGGAAUCGAAUGGGCAACGUGCAGAGCUGGGGUGGGCCGCUCACCAAGAGCUGGCGCGAAGGCCAAGCGGAGCUCCAGAAGAAGAUCGUUCAGGGAGUUUGGAAUGAAGAACGUGCUGUCAGCGUUCGCUGGGCACGUGCCGCCGGACUGAAGCGGGUCUACCCGCACGCCAACAUCACGCUGUCGCCCACGUGGGCUCACUUCACCGAUCCCUACCGCGUGUGGCUGCUGGACCCCUUCGACCCCAUCUUCCAGAAGAUCGGCACGGCCUUCAUCGACGCGCAGACGCGUGUGUACGGAACGGAUCACAUCUACAAUGCCGACACGUUCAACGAGCUCGACCCUCCUUCGGCCGACCCCACCUACCUGGCUGCUGCGAGCAAUGCCGUAUACCAGGGUAUGGCCGCUGCGGACCCCAAGGCGCUUUGGCUCAUGCAGGGCUGGCUCUUCCGGAGCGUCUGGUGGAGCAACGACCGCAUCAAGGCGUACUUGUCCGGCGUCAAGAACGACAACAUGCUCAUCUUGGACCUCUACGCCGAGGUGGACCCCAUCUGGAGCAAGACCGAGUCCUACUUUGGCAAGCCGUUCGUGUGGUGUAUGCUGCACGAUUUUGGAGGCAACCGCGACCUUUACGGCAAUCUCACCCACAUCGCCACGGCCCCUGUGGACGCUCGCACGGCGCCGGGCAGCACCAUGGUGGGGACUGGGCUGACGAUGGAGGCCAUCGAGCAGAACCCGGUCAUCUACGAACUGAUGUCAGAAAUGGGCUGGAGGUCCGCACACGUGGAUGUCGACGAUUGGCUGGAUCACUAUGUGAGCUUCCGCUACGGCGCUGACAGUCCGAGCGCCAAGAAAGCCUGGCGCCUGCUUCACCAGUCAGCCUAUCAAAAUCCAGUGAUCAUGCGGAGCAUCUACACGUUUGUGCCCAACCGCCACGUGAGCAGGAAUCACCACUACAGCCCCGAUGUGCUCGUGGAGGCCUGGGGCCUGCUGCUCCAGAGCCGACUCGAGCUGCCCAACCCGGCCCAACCCAACGGCCCCUGGGAGUACGACCUGGUCGACGUCACCAGGCAGGUGCUGGACAAUCUGUUCCAUGACGCUUAUGGCCUGCUGGACGGCGCCUACGAUGCCUACGUUGCAACGCGCCGGGACCCCUUCAACCAGGUCAAGACCAUCGGCGCCGCGCUGAUCCAGAUCUUGAGCGACAUCGACACAGUUCUGGCCACCAACCAAAACUACCUCCUCGGCGUGUGGACGGAGAGAGCGAGGUCGUGGGCCACCAACGAAGAGGAGAAACGCCUCUACGAGUUCAACGCACGCAACCAGAUCACGCUAUGGGGUCCCAACGGGGAGAUCAACGACUACGCUAGCAAGGAGUGGGCUGGCCUGGUGGGCACCUACUACCGGCCGCGGUGGCAGAUCUUCGUCGCCUACCUCUUCGACUCCAUAGCGAAGGGCACCGUGAUCGACCCCAACAAAUACGCCGCAGAUCUGCUCCUGUGGGAGCAGCGCUGGAACAAUCAGACCAACGCUUUCCCUUCUCAGGCAACUGGCAACGUAGCGGAGGUGUCCCAAGCGUUGUACGCUCGCUAUGUGAGCGCCGCGGAGUUGAAGCAGCACUUCCAGCGCCUGCCCAACACCGAUGCUCCGGCCAACGACAUCCACCGCCAGCCCCAGACGACGGUGGUGGGCCAGCUGAUGUACCUGUGCUUCCUCGACCCGGCGUGCCAGGGCUUCAACUCCAACGGCCACCUCAAGUCCUCCGUCGCCUCCACCAUCACCUCCGCCGACGUCGACCUUUACAUUCGCUCGCGUUGA